AUGUCGACGGUGGCACAGCUCAAGACAACUAGGACUUCUGCUAAGAGAGCCGUGACCAAUGACAUCAGUCCAAUGCCUGCUUAUGAACAUGAUGGUGUGAUUGUUGAUUUACUUAUUGGUCAGGAUAAUGCAGAAGCUCUUGUACCAUUGGAGGUGCGACGCGGCAGUCCCGAGCAACCUUUUGCAGUCCGUACAUUGUUUGGAUGGUGUGUGAAUGGUCGGUCACCAGUUGGCAGAGUCAGUCGUAAGGUAGUGUCUAAUUUUGUGUCUUGUCUACCCAUUGAUGAUGUCUCUAAGUUGUGGAAGAUAGAAAAUGAGGGCUUGGAGUGUUCUUCGUGGUCGCAGGAAGAUAGGUCUGUGAUCAAGCUGUGGGACCGGGAACAUCGGAAGAUUGAUGGGCACUACGAACUCCCCAUACCCUGGAGAGACAGAGAGGAGUCCUUGCCGAACAACUUCGUCGUGGCCAAGUCCAGGUUAGAUUCACUAGACAAGCGGUUGGUUGAGGGUGGUCUGUAUCCUAAGUACAAAGCAGAGAUCAACAAGCUACUGCAUAAGGGUUAUGCCGAGAGAGUUCCCCCAGAUGAGAUCAUGACAGGUGAGAGGAUUUGGUAUCUUCCACAUCAUGCAGUGGUAACCGACAAGAAGCCCGACAAGCUCAGAGUUGUUUACGAUUGUGCUUGUAAAUUCAAGGGAAAGUCCCUCAACGAGCGUUGUCUACAGGGUCCUGAUCUCAUCAACAAGUUAUUGCUAGUUUUGUUACGUUUUAGACAGCACAGCAUAGCGAUUCAGGCCGACAUCGAAGCCAUGUACAACCAGGUGAAAAUACCACCCCGAGAUAGAGAUGCACUUAGGUUUUUGUGGUACAGUGAUGGUCUCUUGGAAUACUACAGAAUGACUUCCCACUUGUUCGGGGGUGUUUGGUGCGCCUCAAGUUCGACCUAUGCUCUCAGUCGUACAGUUAUUGAUACUCCAAAUGUUCAUCCCUUGGUUAGGUACACUGUGAAUAAGUCAUUUUAUGUUGAUGACUGUCUUAGCUCGGUGUCUUCGAAGACUGAUGCAAAGACUGUUAUCAAGGAAACUCCAAAGGUCCUGCGUAAGGGGGGAUUCAGUUUGAAAAAGUUUGUUGUGAAUGAUGAGGAAUUGUUGAGUGAAGUGUCUGAAGAUUGUGUGGCCGAGGAAGUUCGUACUUUUGGUCCUUUGUGUGAAAGUCGAACUCUGGGUACAAAGUGGAAGGUAUCUACAGAUGAGUUCUUCUUCGAAGUCGGGCGUGACAGGGAGAGUCCUAUCACCAGAAGGAAAAUGUUGAGUGCCGUGUCAUCCAUAUUCGACCCUCUCGGUCUAUUAGGUCCUGUUGUACUUGCCGGUAAACUUCUGUUCCAAAAGGCUACAGCUGAUAAAUUGUCUUGGGAUGAAGCAGUUCCAUCACAGCUUGAAGAUGCAUGGUAUUCCUGGGUGCAGUCAUGUCAUGCUAUGAAGCAGCUGAAAAUUCCUCGGUGUGUCAAACCACGUGAAUUUGAUGAUGCCUUUAUUGAGCUCCAUCAUUUUUCAGAUGCCAGCUCCAAAGCGUAUGGUUGUUGUAGUUACAUCAGGUGUGUUAACAAACAUGGAAUGGUGCAUGUCCAGUUGAUCAUUAGCAAGAAUAAAGUUACACCGUUGAAGCAGUGUACCAUACCACGCUUGGAAUUGCAAGCCGCAGUUGUAGCAGUUAAAGUUGAUGCAUUGUUGAGACGUGAGUUAGAUUUAGACAUCACUUGUUCAAAUUUCUGGACAGAUUCUGAAAUUGUGUUGAAAUACAUCAGUAAUGAUAGUAGGAGGUUUCACAUUUUUGUUGGUAAUAGAGUUGGUCUCAUCAGAGAGUUGACCGAUUCAAAUCAGUGGCAUCAUAUUGACAGCAAGUCUAAUCCAGCUGAUCUUGUGACGAGACCACAGUCGUGCUUGAAGUCAGAUGACAAAUGGUUCCAUGGUCCAGACAUUCUGCACAAGUACAAACAUGAUUGGGAUAUGGGUGAUAGAAAACCAGUAGAUUUGAUGAAUGAGGAUCCAGAAGUCCGUAAGACUUCAAUUGCAGCUUUCGGCGCCGUUACCACGGAAUCUCUUGAUGUUGUAGAUAAGGGUUAUGCAUGCCAGUUAAACCGAGUUGUAGAGAAUGAUCCUAUUGAUCAGUUAAUGCAUAAUUCUUCCUCUUGGUACAGGAUGAAGCGAGCUUUAGCAUGGUGGUUGAGAUUUCUAGAGUUUCUGAUGAAGCGCAAGCUUACAGUGGAGGCCAUUGUUAAUGGGCGACCGUUGACCAAGGUGAAUGAUGAUCCCAGUGACCCUGCGGUUAUAACACCUAAUCACUUAUUGCUCUUGAGAAACAGUUCCAGUUAUCCGCCUGAUUCGUCAUUCCAUGAAUAG